UGAAAUUUAUCGUUGCAGAAAAAGGCAGCACGCCCGGACGCCGCACGUCAGGAGGAAAUUCGAAAUUUCCUUCGCAUCAUCACCGCCGACGCUCUGCUUUUCUGUUGUUUUGAUUCUUGAAUCACUCGAACUGCGAUCUCAAUUAAUGAUGAACGAGUUUGAUUGCGACGAUUUUGCUGAAUUUGAUAGCGAGACUGGCGAGUUUGUGCCGUCACAGAUGAAGGGUUGGACGAAUGUGGUGGAAUUCAUAAAUAGGCACAAUCCAAACUCCUUCGUCCUUAAGAGGACGCCGAUUGAGUUGGGCGAGAAAGGGCGAGAUGCUGAGCAGUUUGUGGAUGUCGAGGAGCCCGGAAGAAAAGUUGAAGUCAGUCUCGAGGAGAAAAGGUUGUGGGAAAAUCAUGCUGCAAGGUGGACCUGCCGAAAGUCCAUAGAGAACCUUCAGCCACUCGCCACCCUGUGCAUGAGAAAAGUGGCUGACAUGAUGAACAAAGAGGAAACCCUGGCCAAGCAAAUUCCCAUCUACACAAUAGGGCCAGAGAUGCAAUAUUCAAUGAUCUGCUACCUGAAAGCCAACAAUCUGAGGAUUGCGGGCUACUUUGCCCAGCAACUGCUGAACGAGAAGAGUGUCUUCUUUGACUUUGGUAUUGUGAGAAAGGGCAAAGAACAAAGGCAGGUGUUUCAGUACAUGUUGGAAAAUUGCAAGGCCAUGAAAGAUAUUGCUUGGAGGGACUACCACGAUACUCCUUUCGUAUCCUUUCCUAUUGAGGGUUUGAUCGAAAUGAUCAACUUGGAGAAAAUUGAUAUGCCCGACUUCUGGUGCGAAUUAGAUGACUUGGUUAUAUUGGCCAAUUAUUUCUCUGGACUGAAGUUGCUGCAUGUGUCAAUGUUACAAAUUGGUGAUGCGGAGAGGGAGGUUUUGAUGCAGCUAAACAAACUGGAGAGUCUGGACUUCCACGGAAGCAAGCUUUCCAUGUACGAAAAGCCAACGAAAGAUGUGGAGACCAUGGCAUACCUCUUGUUGGCUAUUCCCAACCUGCAAGUUCUGUGGCCUUCUUCGCCGGUCACAUGUGACCACGCUAAAGUCCUAAAUUCUCUGUCGGAGCAUAACAUGUAUCCUGAAAUAAAACUCAAGAAACUUUGUUUGGCUGAGGCUCCAAAGUACGACACUGACAUGCUCACCCAAGUCGAGGAACUGUACCUUACCGGUGAUUCCCACAUCUUCCACAAUCAAAUGGAUUUCUUCUUGAACUGGAGUAAGUUGCGAUUGCUGAAUAUCCGAUUCACUUUCAUCACCAAAGGUUUCCUGCAAACAACUCUGAGCAACCUGGGGCCACAGCUGCAAGAGCUGGUGAUCGAAGUGAAAGACGGUCACCAUUGGGACAUUGUGCUGAGCAUCAGCCAGAUUUUCAACUACUGCCCCCAAAUCUCCAAAUUCCACAUCGAAGGCAACAUUUCAUGCAUUGAUGACUGUAAAUUCAACUCGGUGGACAUUUUCCAGAAUCUGAGGAGUGUGAAGAUUUCCACCACUGGCAGCCGAUUUAACAGCUUAGUGAUGAACCACGUGAUCGAUUCAUCUGACGAUUUGGAGUAUCUUCACAUUGGGCCUGUGAUGAACUUCAUCCAUAAUGGAUUCACCCAUCACCUGAUUCUGAAGUUGCGACGCGACCCUCAGAGCUUCAGAGAGCUUAAGGUGCUUUGGCUCUAUUUUGGCAGCUGCGAUUUGACCCAUAAUAUGGCGGAUGCCAUCAAAAAUCUGGCUUUUCAAGCCACCAAACUGGAGAAGGUUGUUCUGAAUGCUUAUCAAAGCCAUUGUGCACCCAUGCCAUUCCUCAAUCUCACUGCCUUCUUCGAGCACUUUAUGCCCAAGGUGGAGUGCAUUGUAUUCUGACUUUCACAUCUCAACUGUAACAUUAUUAUAUUGUACUCCAAAGCUUUUCCUUUUUCUUUAACAAAAACUUAAUAAUUUUCACAAAGAAAGAUCGCGGACAUCAUAUUUGUCCUAAUAAAAUCCAACACAAAUUACUGAGAUUUAAUUUUGAGUGUGAGAUAAUAUGAAUAAAAUUUAAUUAUUCCUUAGGUUGAAAUGUGAUAAAGAUUAAAUCUGGUUUAAAUCAUAUUGUUGUGAUUAAAUUGAUGUUACUGAUAAAAUUCUAUUAAAUUGGUCAUUUGUUAUUUUGCAAACCAUUAAAACCAUGCCAAAAUGAUAAUAAAAAUA